AUGUCACGAUCUGUCCGCCGUUUAAUGAAAGAAGCCUCCGAGCUCUCAAACUCCCCGUCUCCGCACUUCCACGCGCAACCCGUCUCGGAAUCCAACCUGUAUGAUUGGCACUUUACCCUGGCUGGGCCCCCCGCGCCAUCUCCGUACGCUGGUGGAAUCUACCACGGCCGUAUUGUGCUCCCAUCAACUUAUCCUCUUCGCCCGCCGUCGUUCCGCUUCCUCACCCCGUCCGGCCGCUUUGAAGUCAACCGCGAGAUCUGCCUCAGUAUCUCGGGCCACCACGAGGAGACGUGGCAGCCCGCGUGGGGGAUUCGCACCGCGCUCCUGGCGAUCCGCAGCUUCAUGGAUGGCGAUGUCAAGGGGCAGGUUGGCGGGCUGGAAGUGUCGGAUGAGAUUCGCAUCGAGCAUGCGAGGAUGAGUCGGGAGUGGCGGUGUGAUGUUUGUGAGGGGGGGGGGAAGUCCAACGAGCAGGUUCUGAGCGAAUGGAGGGAGGUUUGUCGUGGAAAGGGGGUGGAUAUUGAGAAAGAGGAUGAGACGGAGCGUGUUCCGGAGGGAUUAUUGGGGCUUUUGCUUCCGCGGUCCAACUCUUCCACUUUGGCUUCGUCUCCACCGUCGGAGUCGGAAUCUGUGUCUGCAGCGCCUGCAGAUUUGACCGGAGAGGGGGACAAACGUGGCGAACAGAGUUCCUCAAUUGCCCCUGCAGAUGCGGAUGGGGAUGGGGAUGGGGAUCGGGAUGGGGAUCGGGGCUCCGCUGCGCCCUUGCUACCCCGUCCGAUACAACCGCCAGUUUCGCGUCCCCCACAACCACGGAUACAAAAUGUACCGCGACUUACACCAACACCGGCCACGGCUCCUGUGGCCUCGCAGGAUAGUCCAUGGCUGGACCGGGCGAUUUUCGGCGUGCUGGUCGCGUUGAUUCUGAUGAUUCUGCGCCGGGUCGUGAAUGUGGAGGAUUGA